AUGAGAAUCAUAAAGACGCAAAGAUCAAGAGGAGGAGGAACAAGAUGCAAGAAACUCGUAAACAGAAGAUUAACUGCUUCGUCACGUGCCAAGAUUCUCCGCAAUUGCUGCGGCAACGGCGGUGAAAAGUUCACCGAGAAGCUCCAAGCGCUUAAGAGUCUUCUACCUCCGUCGACGAGGAAGACGGAGAAGACGGCGGAGCAGAGUCCUCAAGUCGUCGACGUGGAGGAGAAACCAGACAAUGGAGAGACGGAACAGCUGUUUCAAGAAACGGCAGAUUACAUCGUCCGGCUAAGGAACCAAGUCGUGGUGUUGCAAAAGCUAAUCGAGAUCUACGGAUCCUCUGAUCAAACUAAAGAUUUUGUUUUAUAA